UCUUAUUGAAGCAAAAUUGAGAAGAUGAUGCUUAGAAUGAGCCUCCAAUCUUGAAGAGAAUUGCAGCAAUAUUAAGGCGACGGAGGAGAUUGUUUCUUGUGAAAGUAAUCUCUAGCUGCUGCUGCUAAUGGGACUCUGUUUCGCCAUAGCCAAGCGUCCUGGAGAGGAUCUAAUAUUUAUAGGGCAACCUAGGAAUCUUAUAAAUGGAUCAACUUCUGGAAGAGAGGGUGAGAUCUUAAAUUCUCCAAAGCUGAAAAUAUUCGAAUUUGCUGAACUAAAAGCGGCUACUAUGGACUACAGUCGAGAAAAUGUUAUAAUUGAGGGAAGCUUUAGUACUGUGUAUAGAGGGUGGAUUGAUAAGCAUUCACUAACAGCUGCCUCACGAAACACGGGAAUGAUUGUUUUUGUGAAAAAGAUUAACCAAAAUGGUGCUCAAGGUCUCCAAGAAUGGGUGGCAGAAGUCAAGCACCUGGGAUUGCUAUGUCAUCCAAAUAUUGUGAAACUGAUUGGUUACUGCACAGAAAAUAAUAAUUGGCUUCUGGUGUAUGAGUAUAUCUCUAACCAUAACUUGGAGAAUCAUAUCUUUCCAAACGCUUGUUCUACUUCUAACAAUCAACCACUUCGUUGGGAUCUUCGUAUAAAGGUUGCUCUUGGUGCUGCCAGGGGUUUAGCAUUUCUUCAUAAACAAGCAAAUGUCAUCAUUCGAGAUUUUACUACUUCUACAAUUUUGCUCGACUCGAACUUUGAUGCCAAGCUUGCCUAUUUUGGGUUGGCAAAGGAUGGACCAGCAGAUGGUAAAACCCAUGUUACUACCAGGGUUAUGGGUACCGAAUGGUAUUUAGCGCCCGAGUACACCCACAUAGGUCAUUUAACCACGAAAAGCGACGUGUAUAGCUUCGGAGUUGUAUUCCUUGAAAUGUUAACUGGCCGGCGAGCAAUGGAAAUAAACUUUGAGUCACCAGAAAGAGAUUUAGUAAAAUGGGCAAAGCCUUACCUUAAAAACAAACGUAGAACUAUCAAAAUUUUGGAUCCUUGUCUUAAGGGCAAAUGUUCAUCAAGUGAUGUGUUCAAAGCUGCUGAAGUUGCAAUGCAAUGCCUCUCAUUUGAACCAAACCAAAGACCAACAAUGGAAGAAGUUGUUAAAUCUUUAGAACAGCUUUACCAAACUGUAUCUUGAAUGAGAUCUUGUUUAUUUUUAUUAUUUCUGAGUUUAGAAAAAAAUUUCAAAACCGACUAAA